AUGGAAUUACCAGCUGCAAUGAAAUCAUUACGACAAUUAACAUCGGAAUUACGGAAAAUUACAAGUAAUUCGAAAAUACGUGAAACAUUACAAAUGCAAUUUAUUUUAUCGCAAUAUCGAAGGAAUCGUGUAACGGAUCAACAACAUUGUAAGGCACAAGAAGAAAUGAAAUAUAUGGCUGAUACUUAUCGAUGUUAUUUGAAAAGUUUACGAAUCCAUGGUGAAAUUUUAAGUGAGUAUCAUGGUCGAGGUGAACGUACAAUUGAGGAAACUGCUAAUAUAGUUGGAUUUAAAUUACCACAUGAUCCGAAAUAGUGUGUCCGUAGACACAAAUACGUUAAGGAGGGGGAAUACGACCGUUUUUAACACGAAAAUUAUUCAGAAUAUAAUUUUCUAAAAAUUUUUCAAAUUACAAGGAAAAGACUGAUUUUAAAUUAUUAUUCGCGAUCUUGGGAUGGGGCUUUCCAUAAAAUACGUAUCAAAGUAAGAAAAAAUUAGUUUCGAAGAAUAAUAAGUUUUAAAUAAACUUCUAAUUUGGGCUGUAGCUUAAGGUCUUCCCACAACUUAAUUUGAGGGCUGAUAACGCUCAUGUGUGUAGUUUAAUUCAUUCAUGAAGAAGUCUUCAAAGAAAGGCUGGGUCAAGUGAGUCCAUCUCCUCAAGGCAAGAGCUGAACAGUGAUAGAGUAGAUGAGACAUCGUUUCUUCUUCCUCUCCACUGUGACAACUCCUGCAAUAGUCGUGAUACAUUGUCAGGUUCAGGCGUUAUGCGUGCCUGCCGCCUAAAAAGUGUCCUGUAAUAGCCGUAACAAUUUUGCUAAUAGAGGCUCUUUGAAGCGAUAUAAGAUCUUCGAAACACCUACGAUUAUACUGAAACCAUAUCUGUCUGGUAAUACCACAAUUGCGUUCCUCCUUCCAUCUAAUAUUGGCCUUUAUUAAGGUAUCCUCUUCAAGGAGCAGCUUUCAGUUCUCAAACGGAACUCUCGGAUGCCUAUUGAUUUCGUUUUUAGCAAACUCGCUGGCUUCGUUUUCCUGAAAUAGUCCCUUACUUCCACUAGUCCGCCAGCUCUGGAUAGCCCCAAAGAGGUAGAGAAACCCAAACCGUCGUAUUCCCUCAUAAGUGACGAUGUAGCGUAUUUUAUUUAGAAUUAAGUAGAAUCGUUAAAAAAUUUAAUAUAUAUUUAUGCAUAAAAAAUAAAAAUUAUGUACAAUACGUUCUUAAAUUAAAUUUUUUAUCUCAUCAAACACCCAAACCAAAAUUUUAUUUAUUAUUGCUUAUAUUCUUUUUCAAUAAACUUGGCAAUUGUACUUAAUUGAA